CGGCCCGGCGCAGCCCCAGGCCGCCGAGGGACGGCGGGGCCGGCGCCAUGGCCGAGCGGGGCCGCCUCGGCCUGCCCGGCGCGCCCGGAGCGCUCAACACCCCGGUGCCCAUGAACCUGUUCGCCACCUGGGAGGUGGACGGCUCCAGCCCCAGCUGCGUGCCCAGGUUAUGUAGCCUGACCCUGAAGAAACUGGCAGUGCUCCGGGAGCUGGAGAAGGAGCUCCUGUCUGUGGUGAUCGCUGUCAAGAUGCAGGGUUCCAAGCGUGUCCUGAGAUCACACGAGAUUGUGCUGCCUCCCAGUGGACAGGUGGAAACUGACCUGGCUCUGACCUUCUCUCUCCAGUACCCCCACUUCCUGAAGAGAGAAGGCAACAAGCUCCAGAUCAUGCUGCAGCGCAGAAAGCGGUACAAGAACAGAACAAUCCUGGGCUAUAAAACGUUGGCUGCAGGCUCCAUCAACAUGGCUGAGGUAAUGCAGCACCCCUCUGAGGGUGGCCAGGUGCUGAGCCUCUGCAGCAGCAUCAAAGAGGUCUCUGUCAAGGUGGCUGAGAUCUGGAUCGUCUCCCUGUCCAGCCAGCCCAUCGACCACGAGGAGAGUGCAAUGCAGGCUGGCCCCAAGGUCAAAUCCACAGAUAACUACUCUGAGGAGGAGUAUGAGAGCUUUUCCUCUGAGCAAGAAGCCAGCGAUGAUGCUGUACAAGGGCAGGAUCUUGAUGAGGAUGACUUUGAUGUGGGAAAACCCAAGAAGCAGCGGCGCUCGAUAGUAAGAACGACGUCCAUGACCAGGCAGCAGAACUUCAAGCAGAAGGUGGUGGCGCUACUGCGCAGGUUUAAAGUGUCAGAGGAGGUUUUAGAUUCGGAGCAGGACCCUGCAGAACAUGUUCCUGAGGUGGAGGAGGACCUGGAUCUUCUGUAUGACACACUGGACGUGGAGAACCCCAGCGACAGUGGCCCUGACAUGGACGAUGAUGACAGUGUCCUUAGCACCCCCAAGCCCAAGCUAAGGCCAUACUUCGAAGGCCUGUCACACUCCAGCUCACAGACAGAGAUAGGGAGCAUCCACAGUGCCCGGAGCCACAGGGAGCCUCCAAGCCCGGCUGAUGUACCUGAGAAGAUGAGAUCCCUGGGAGGCCAGCAGCCAAGUGACAGCAUCUCUGACACGGUAGCCCUUAGUUCACCAGCCCCUCGGGAGCCAUCAGGGCAACCUGAUGAUAGUCCAGAGGCUGAGACGUCUACCCUGGAUGUGUUCACUGAGAAGCUGCCACCCAGCGGAAGAAUCACCAAGACUGAGUCUCUUGUCAUCCCCUCCACCAGCAGGUCAGAGGCAAAGCCAGCUGGCCGCCGGGGCCGGAGCACAUCCCUGAAGGAGCGGCAGCCAGCUCGACCGCAGAAUGAGCGGGCCAACAGCCUGGACAAUGAGCGCUGUCCAGACACGAGGAGCCAGCUGCAGAUUCCCAGGAAAACUGUGUAUGACCAACUGAACCACAUCCUCAUCUCUGAUGACCAACUCCCCGAGAAUAUCAUUCUUGUCAAUACCUCUGACUGGCAGGGACAGUUCCUCUCAGAUGUCCUACAGAAGCAUACACUUCCUGUGGUAUGCACAUGCUCUGCUGCUGACGUGCAGGCUGCCUUCAGCACCAUUGUCUCUCGGAUACAGCGAUACUGCAACUGCAAUUCUCAGCCACCCACCCCUGUGAAGAUCGCUGUGGCGGGAGCACAGCAUUACCUCAGCGCCAUCCUGCGGCUCUUCGUGGAGCAGCUGUCUCACAAGACACCUGACUGGCUCGGCUACAUGCGCUUCCUCAUCAUCCCCCUGGGCUCCCACCCUGUGGCCAGGUACCUGGGCUCUGUGGACUACCGCUACAACAACUUCUUCCAGGAUCUGGCCUGGAGAGACCUGUUCAACAAGCUGGAAGCCCAGAGCAGUGUGCAGGACACACCAGACAUCGUGUCACGCAUCACCCAGUACAUCUCAGGAGCCAACUGUGCUCACCAGCUGCCCAUCGCAGAGGCUAUGCUGACCUACAAGCAGAAGAGGAAAAAGCACUUUCACUUUGACUUUACCCUGAGCCCUGAUGAAGAAUCCUCUCAGAGGUUCAUUCCCUUUGUUGGGGUUGUGAAGGUUGGAAUUGUGGAGCCAUCUUCAGCCACAUCAGGAGACUCGGACGAUGCGGCCCCCUCGGGCUCCAGUGUGCUCUCUUCCACCCCACCGUCUGUGUCUACAUCUCCUGCGGCCAAGGAGGCUUCACCUACUCCACCCUCCUCCCCUUCAGUGAGCGGAGGCCUGUCCUCCCCCAGCCAGGGCAUCGGCGCCGAGCUCAUGGGGCUGCAGGUGGACUACUGGACGGCAGCACAGCCUGCGGACAGGAAGAGAGAUGCUGAGAAGAAGGACUUGCCCACCACCAAAAACACGCUCAAGUGCACUUUCCGGUCCCUCCAGGUCAGCAGGCUGCCCAGCAGUGGCGAGGCUGCAGCCACACCCACCAUGUCCAUGACUGUGGUCACCAAGGAGAAGAACAAGAAGGUGAUGUUUUUGCCCAAGAAAACCAAGGACAAGGAUGUGGAAUCUAAAAGCCAGUGCAUUGAAGGCAUCAGCCGGCUGAUCUGCACAGCUAAGCACCAACAGAACAUGCUUCGGGUCCUCAUCGAUGGCGUGGAAUGCAGCGAUGUCAAGUUCUUCCAGCUGGCUGCCCAGUGGUCUUCCCAUGUGAAGCACUUCCCUAUCUGCAUCUUUGGACACUCCAAGGCCACCUUCUAGCCCUAACCACGGAAGGGCUGACACAGGACAGUGGAGGGGCCCAUGUCCUGCUCUGUGUCAGCUAUCGAUGGAGGGACACUGUGUGUCUGUUAACGUGUGGUUACUACAGAGACAGACUCUUCAAAACACAAAGAAACAGUCUUAAGUGUGAAUGUGCUCACAGCCCAGAACGAAGGGGAAGCUAGCUCCCCGUGGGCCACCGAGUAACUUUGCUCUGCUUAUUAACCAGAAUAUGUGGGCAGUGGAAAGGCUGGUAAGAAGGGAGGUGAGCUCUGGUCUCAUGAAACCCCAGGACCACAAGCAAGAAGUCUUCUUGUCUUUGUGUCCUGUCCUUCCCUGAAGUCCGGAUUCUGCUUUCUGGGGAGUAGGGAGCAGGGUACAGGCUUUGGAGUUUAGUGGCCAAAAGCUGAGGGUGAAGGACGUGUUUGGUCUCCUGGCAUGGGAUGUCGACAGGCCCCAAGCAAUCCCAUGUGUGGUUCCCAAUAAACUCCAGCCUCAUGGCGGAGGUUUUACAGUAGCAGAUCUUUCUAAUGCUCUCAGAUACACUUGACGACGUAGCUGCCAAGCAGAUGUUGCUCUUGUGAAGUCCCCUUGGGUGGGGUAAAGCCAGCAGGAGCUACAUACCCACCCCUGCCCCUCUGGCUUCAGUUCCAGAGGCACUGCUAGGCUUCUGCAGAUCCUGCUGCUCAGAUAGGUGGUCCUUGCAAAUUUCCCAGUGUCUGUCCUGGAAAUGGGAGACACUCCAGGGGUCUGUCUGAGACCUACCUGCUCUACCAUGCCCUUCCACCUCUAUUCUGCCUGCUGGACAGGAACAUCCAGGACUGGCCAUGUGGGGUUGAGAAUCAAGGUUGUAAACUGGAAACAGGCAACUAGAGGUGUGUGUGUGUGUGUGUGUGGUGUGGUAUUUAGUGUAGUCAGUGGAGGAAACAGGCAACUAGAGGCGUGUGUGUGUGUGUGUGUGUGUGUGUGUGUGUGUGUGUGUGUGGUGUGGUGUGUGUGGUAUUUAGUGUAGUCAGUGGAGGAAACAGGCAACUAGAGGCGUGUGUGUGUGUGUGUGUGUGUGUGUGUGUGUGUGUGUGUGUGUGUGAGUGUGUGUGUGUGUGUAGCCAGUGAAGGCUCCAGCAGGCUGGUCUAACUACAGAAGCUAUCCAAGGGUCUAUCCAAGCUAAUCUAUCUCCUCAAAGCCACCUGGAUCCCAUUCUUGGUGGCAGCUCUAUCCUCCACCACCUUCCCACUCAGCAGGAGAGGGAUGUGCUGGCCUGCAGCAAGGAUCAUCCUGACUGUACAUGCCCCACCAGAUUCAUGGAGGGGUUACUGCCUCAGUCCUAAUUUUCUCAAGAAUUCUUUCUUCCUCUCUGGGGUGUCAUUGGAAGAAUGAAUGCCUGCCCCCUUGAAAGCUGUGGCAUUCCCGAGCACCCUGGUGGUUCAGUAGGAGCCCAGAGUUUGGGGUCCUGACCUUGAGAACCUCCUAAGAGCAUGCUCAGAAAAUUGCCAACAAUAGGGCUGAGUUUGAGGACUCCCCACUUUUUCUUGGGUGAAAGAUGGCCCAUUUUCUAUUUACUUACUUCCCCAGCCCCACCUUGCUGAAAAGAGUCCAUUUGUGCAGGGUGAGGCCCUGUACUGCUGCUGGGACCUGGGUUGGGCCCUAAUCCCUGGGUACAGGGCUUAGUGGUAGUGGAGCCCCUGGUGAGGAAUACUCUGAAAAGAUCCUGUUACAGAGCCAGGCCACUGUGAUCCUUGGAGCUUAAGAGCCUGGCUUACCUACCACUUGAGUUUCUUCCCAAAGGGGGGUGGGGGGAGCAGAGGGAGGGUGUUUCAAGCUUAUGCCUGAGAACAGCCCCUUUUCUGGAGAACUCUUCCUCUGCACAUGCGUCCUUGAUUGUCCAGAGGUCUGACUUUAUACAGAGGGUUUGGGCAGAGCCUCUGUCAGCAGCUGGCCCAAGACCAAGUCAGUAAAGCCUAGCACAUGAGCACCAUGCACUCACCACCAUAGCAGCGCCAGGUGCAGACCUAGAAGCAGUCAUCCCCCGUGCCUCAGUUUCCCCGUUGGUUAAAGAGAGAUGGUCCAUUUUCCUUGCCUACCUCAUGGAGCUGUAAUGAGGAUUCAAGAGAAGCACUUUUGUCCCUUUGAAGGAUGACUAGACACCAAAGCCCCCUGACAGGCAGUGCAGUGGUGAGGACAGCAGUGUGUGUGUGAUGCAUCCCACAGGCCUUAGCCCUGAGGCCCUUAGAGCCUGCCAGCCAGUUCCCUUAGGCCUGGCCACAGCCUGUGUGAAUGGGAAGGCUCGCCCUCAUUCCUGUCAGUUGGGGUCCCUGCCACCACCCUCUGAGUAUGCAGCUCAGUAUCACUGUUGGGUACCAGAGCUGGGAGGGAGAGAGGGGUGGCCCUCGGCUCCUGUGCAAUGGCUUGUCCUAGCCUUAUCCUGCAGGCCUCACUUCUGCCUCUAGCCUCCAUCUCAAAUGAAUUCCUUAUAAAAAACGUCCCGGCACUUCUUCCCUGAGCCAGGGUACUGGACCCUCACCUGCUCUCCAAACCCCCACGCCCUCCGGAGACUGCUCUGUCCUGGAGAGGGGCCAGCAGAGGCUGACCGCCUUGCGUGAGGAUGACUCCGUCCACUUCUGAAGACUGUCCAGCGCGUUGUGACUGAUUUCUAGGGUGUGUGUAUGUAUUGCUAGUUUGUUUGUUUUUAAUGGAAAGCAGGAUUCAUGUAAAUAGCUUUUUUGGGAACAGAUGCUGAUCUGUCCCAUGCGACCAUGUGGACGAUUUUAAGGUGCUGAAGCGACACUAAUAAACUGACGGCGCUCAAGCCGCCCACUGCUGUGA